GGAAAAGGUGCAACAAGUUCAGCUAAAUAAAGUGCAGUGGCAACGAGAACAGCAACGUCUGAACCGUGAACGUCGAUUCCGUUCUGAUGGAGAUAGUUCAGCUAGAAGGGAUAAAUCUACAAUCUUCAUUUCUGAACAAAACAAUAUUUAACGCGGUGAUUGAAUAUAAAGGAUAAAACUGGUAUUUUGAUCCUUAUAUCUUGAUUGUUUCGAUAAUGUUCACUAACAAGAAAAACAACUUGCCAGAGAGGCCUCACAUGCCAAGCCAUGAACACAUGCUGGAAGACCUCGAUAGAGCUGUGGUAGACGAUGUAGCGUUUAAAAUCGCAAAUGAGUUAUGUAUGAAAGAGUCUUACAAUUCAUCAAGUGUUAAUAACACUGAUGAUAUAUACAAACAAGUGAAAACUUAUUUGAGUACUAAACAGCAAUUAAAGCAGUUGGAAUGUGUCUUAAAGAAAGAGAGUCAACAAAUGCAUGCAGAUAAUGAAGAAAUAAAGAGGCUUGCGGAUGACAUUAGAAAACAGGCAAAAGCUGCUCUGGUAACUUAAGAAAUAAAUUCAUAUUUGCAAGGGUAUACUAGUCAUGUCGCGUUAUUUUAACAG